AGAUGUGUGAAAUUCCUGUUUAGCCGUUUGGGGUGGCGUGGUUGUUCGUGAGAGAAAAAAAGAGAGCGCACCAUCAAAUUCCCCACCCCCGACUCAAAACCCUCGACAAGAGCUCUCGACAUCGCGCGGCCGCCGCAACAAUGGCGUCCCUCUUCAAGGACCCGAGCAAGCUCUCGGUGUACAGGGACCGGCGGUUCUCUGGGACGCAGGAGGAGUUCGAAGCGGCGCUACUAGCGUCGCUGACGGUGUACGUGGGGAACAUGUCCUUCUACACCACGGAGGAGCAGGCGUACGAGCUCUUCACCCGGGCUGGCGAGAUCAAGAAGAUCAUCAUGGGCCUCGACAAGAACACAAAGACCCCCUGCGGCUUCUGCUUCGUACUGUAUUACUCCAGGGAAGAUGCAGAAGAUGCAGUCAAAUAUAUUAGUGGCACAAUGCUUGAUGAUCGCCCAAUCCGUGUUGAUUUUGAUUGGGGCUUUGAAGAAGGCAGGCAAUGGGGCCGUGGAAGGAGCGGUGGACAAGUCAGAGAUGAGUACCGCACGGAUUAUGAUCCUGGAAGAGGUGGCUAUGGUAAGAUGGUUCAGAAAGAGCUGGAAGCACAAAGAGAAUUAGUUGACUAUGGUGUAGGCUUUCAAACGAAUGCUCCACCUCAGUAUGAUCGAGCUGACCGGAAGAGAGGAUACAGCGACCGGAAUGACAGAGAUUACCAACGGAGAAGAUCUGCACCAGAUAUGUCCAGGAGAGCACCCGACUCCGAUUCUCGGAAGGAUGCAAAUCAAGAGCCUGAGAAGAAUCCUAGAUUUCGCGAGAAAGGUGAUUCUGAUGAUGAAGAUGACGAUUAUGAUAAGAAACGACGGCGCUAAACCUGAGAAGCAAAUUGCUGCCAUAUGCAAAUGCCCAAUGACUACAGUAGUAGCCUUAUAUAUUUUAUCCUGUCGUAUGCGAAUGACAUUAUGACUUGUUUUUAUCUUGGGCUUUUCACAUUUCUUGUGCAUUUUAUCAUCAGCAUAUGCAUAUGCUGACCAUGUGACUGGUAUGAUACUGUAUUCGCUGACACUUUUUCAUGUGUAUGCUACUGAUCAAGACUACUAGUUUCAAGAAUAGGGACCAAUUGAUACUUGCCUCUGAUUUGUUGCGGCUUCAACAAAGCUAUGAUUAUUCACGGUGA